AUGUCUUCACGAUCACUUCUCAUUGCGCUUGGGCUUGCAGCCACAGGUUCAUUGGUUCACGCAGGGCCUUGUGACAUUUACGCCAAAGGCAACACACCAUGCAUUGCCGCACAUGCCACCACUCGUGCUCUGUACAGUGCAUACAGUGGCCCGCUCUACCAAGUCAAGCGUGGCUCAGACGGUGCCACAACUGACAUUGCACCACUGUCCGCCGGCGGUGUUGCCAACGCAGCUGCUCAAGACAAGUUCUGUGCCAACACGACAUGCCUUAUUUCUAUCCUCUACGACCAAUCUGGCAAAGGAAACCAUCUCACGCAAGCACCGCCAGGCGCUUUCAAUGGCCCAGAUGUUGGCGGCUACGACAAUCUUGCAAGUGCUAUCGGUGCACCUGUUUCGCUAGGCGGCAAGAAGGCAUAUGGCGUCUUCAUCUCGCCUGGAACCGGGUACCGCAAUAACAAUGUGAAAGGCUCGGCUGUAAAAGACCAGCCGCAAGGUAUAUACGCCGUCUUGGACGGUACCCAUUACAACGGCGGCUGCUGCUUCGACUAUGGCAAUGCCGAGACGAACAACCUCGACACUGGUAAUGGCCACAUGGAAGCUAUAUACUUUGGCGACAACACCGUGUGGGGCAGCGGCGCCGGCAACGGUCCCUGGGUCAUGGCGGAUCUAGAAAACGGCCUCUUCUCCGGCGCAAACCCCAAGCAAAACAUUCAAAACCCAUCCGUCUCAAACCGCUUCUUGACAACCAUUGUCAAGGGCAAGCCCGGCGUCUGGGCCAUCCGCGCCGGAGACGCUACAACAGGCGGACUCUCAACCUACUACAACGGCUCGCGCCCAAGUGCGUCGGGCUACAACCCCAUGAGCAAAGAAGGCGCCAUUAUCCUCGGUAUCGGCGGCGACAACAGCAACGGCGCACAGGGAACCUUCACCGAGGGCGCAAUGACGUACGGGUAUCCCAGCGAUGCAAUCGAAAACGAAGUCCAGGCGAACCUUGUUGCAGCGGGAUACUCCACCGGACGCGGAUUGAUAACCAGCGGACCCGCAUAUACCGUUGGAUCCAGUGUAUCGUUCCGGGCCACGACAGCGGGCUACACAGACCGCUACCUCGCUCACUCCGGAGCGACGGUGAACACGCAAGUUGUAUCGUCAUCGAGCACGGCGCUGCUGAAGCGCCAGGCGAGCUGGAUUGUUCGCACUGGCUUCACCAACAGCGAGUGCUUUGCAUUCGAGUCCAAAGAUACGGCUGGAAGCUUUCUUCGCCAUGCGAAUUUCGUCCUGCAGGUUAAUGCUAAUGAUGGAUCCAAGGGGUUCAAGGAGGAUGCGACGUUUUGUCCUCAGGCGGGUCUUACGGGUAAGGGUAGCUCCAUUAGGACUUGGGGGUACCCGACGAGGUGGAUUCGCCAUUUUAACAAUGUGGGGUACAUUUCGAGCAAUGGUGGUGUCAAGGACUUUGAUAAUGUCAGUUCGUUCAACGACGAUAUCACGUGGCUUGUUGAGAGCGCCCUGGCUUGA